AUCAUUCCCUUACAAAGCUAGAUGACGAACAACAGUCAAAUGGUCAUGGCCCAUGUGCGAAAAUUUCAAAGAUCAACACAAGUGUCGUGAGUUUGUGAGAUUAUGUUCCUUUGAGUUUCGCCGGUUUUUCAAUUGAUACUACACAAUAUGAAGUUUCAAAAACACCAGCAACGAUUUUACCAAUUAUUGUCACGAUGGAUCCCGAUGCGUAUAUGGAUGUGCCUGAUGAUGUUCACCGCCUGCUGGACCAGCUACGCGUGUCGUCUGCAAAUGCCGAUCCUGGUAGUGCCGAUGAUCCAUGAGCCGCUGAUCAAUUACACGAAUGGCGGCGCGUGCGUGUACAAUGAUGAGUCCGCGCGACGACGGCGCGACGUCGUCAAUCUCUUCGAUCCGGGCAGCUACCUGGAGGAAUACGUCUUGGAUCGCAUGCAGGAGGAACGGGACCAGAGACUGCACUCGCUGCAACGUCGUCAGGUAACGGCGAGCAUGCCACGAUCGCCGGACGCCCGGUUUGCGUUUUUCAGCGGUGAACCGUUCGAAUGGACCCCGACCGUGCGAGGUCAGCUGUUGGCCGCCUACGGUUACGGCAACGUGCCCGGCAACUUCAUCGGCGGCUGGCUGUCGCUGAGAUACGGACCGCGACACGCAAUCCUUUGGACGUCGAUCCUGGCCGCGGUGAUAUCGCUGGUGAGCCCGUUCAUAGCGCAGUGUCAUUGGGGAUUUUUAAUGUUCUCGCGGGUCAUCAUCGGCGUCACCGGUGGUGUCAUUUUCCCCGCUUGUCACACCAUGGUUGCUAAAUGGGCCCCGCCGCACGAGCGGGCGCGCUUCAUCUGGUCCCUGCUCGGCGGUACCUUCGGUACUAUACUCACAUAUCCGAUGAUAGCCGGAAUCGCAGAGAGCACCAAUUGGGAAAGUGGAUGGUACAUACCGUCCCUGCUGAUGUUGGUAUGGACCCUCGUCUGGGCAGUGAUCGCCUACGAUUCGCCCACGGAACAUCCGGCCAUCUCCGACGAGGAGAAGAAUUAUAUUGUAACCGCGCAGGCGGGUAUAGUGCGUGCCGACAAACCCAGGUGGAAGCAAACACCGAUACGACAGAUAUUUACAUCGAUACCGUUCAUCAGUCUGGUCAUAUGCCAUUAUGGAAAUCUCUUCUUGCUCUUCUUCUACCAAAACUCGCUCAUGUUGUACCUGACGAAAGCAUUGGGUUUCCGAUUGACGCAGGGCGGCGCCGCGGCUGGUGCACCAUGGGCUGCUAGGAUGCUCUUUGGAUUCUUCUUCAGCUGGGCAGGUGACACCAUCAAAAGGAGGCAGAUCAUUAGCAUUGGUCUCUUACGAAAGCUGGCGACUAUAUUCUCGCAUUUUAUACCGGGCAUCUUCCUGAUACUGGUCGGCUACGUUGGCUGUGAUUUCGUGCUUGCAAACGUCUUUCUAUUCUUCGCCUUGGGCUUCAACGGCGCUGCUCUUAUCUCGAAUCUGUCGAACAAUCAGGAUCUCGCGCCAAACUUUGCCGGCUUUCUUUAUGGCAUCAUGAAUACAGUCGGUAGCAGUUCCGGCUUUGUUAUCCCGCCGUUAGUCGAAGAGAUAGCCGGCAAAUUCGGAAAUCCAAUUGAUAGAUGGCAGAUACUGUUCUGGAUCGGUGCUGGAGUGUGCAUCGGAAGUAUGGUCGUAUUCCUGUUCGGAGGUAAGGGUGACAUACAGAGCUGGAAUGAGUAUCGACCUCUCGACAGACCGCAGACUGAUAUAGAAGCUAGACAAAUUAAUCCGGAGCCUAGCGACGAUGUAGCGCGAACUUAAUAUAUGUUCCUAAUAAAUCCAAAAUUUUCAUUUUAAUAACGACACGUCAUAAACACGACGCGAGAAAGAUGUUUAAUUAUCGACAAUAAUAAUUUGAAUGAAACAAAAGUUUAAAAAACGUCCAAAAAAGAUUACAAAAUUAGAACGUUUUUAAAAAAGGUUUGAAAAAAUAACUGAAAGAUAUCUGAAAGAUCAAGAUAUUUAAAAAUAAAACUAGAAAUUUAAGAGGCGAAAUUUAAAAAAUUAGAAUGUUUAGAAAACGUAUGAUAAAAUUAUAUUAUUCCUUAGUGUUGCGUAGCUUUGUUCAUUAUUUAUCGAUUUUCACAUUAAUUGUUUUAUUAAAUUUCUUUCAUGUAUUUAUAUCUUGAUAUAUGGUUGAAUAAAGAAAUAUUGUUUUUCUACCUCAUUAUCCUUUCAGUCAACUGACAUACAUAUCGACUGUUCUACUCUAUAUAUACGUAAGUAUCGAUAACAAAAUAAAAAAAAAACGCAUAAAUAGUGUAAUAAUAAAA